UUGUUUUUGGCCGAGUUUCGUGAGGCUGUGUACGUAAAUGUCAUGGAAACACUAGUUUCGUGAGUGGUAUGCAACUUCGUCAUAUAUGAGUGUCAUCGAUGCCGCGGCUGCAUACCUGGCGGAUGAUGGGCUUGUAGGAGUGGCAGAUUUCUUCACGUCAGCUCGCCAUGACAAUCCCAAUCGCCAGCAUUCUGCCAUCAAGCGGUGGUUCUGGAGACUGGUCUUCGAACGGGCUAACAUGGACCUUUCACAUCAGAGGAGAUCCUAUCUAGAUUAUGUGUUUGAGCCAGUGUACGAGUACAAUGGCGUUGGAAAGAAUCCAUAUAUACCUUUCUUUCAUGCACCAUAUUACCAGUGGGUGGGGCGGCCACGGAAUGUAUCAUGUCUGACCAUAGAGCGAUUCCCCGCGAGAGCAUCUGACGACCUGGAAUGCAAGCGGCCUCCCACUUUCCCACCCACGUUUCUGUACUCCCUCUCCUGGGAGGAUCCACGAGAAGACGACAGGGUUCUUGAGAUAAGCUCGGACGAUGUUGUCCUCACCCUGACGUCGGGUGGCUGCAAUGCCCUUGAUCUUGUGCUCCAGGGAGCGAAGCAGGUUGUUGCAGUGGACAUGAAUCCAGCACAGAGCUAUUUGUUGGAAUUGAAGAGGGUGGCCACAAUGAGGCUUCCAUUUGAGGAUGUGUGGCAAAUGUUUGGCGAUGGAGUGCAUCCCAAGUUCCCUCAGCUGCUGGAGAGGGAACUGUCUCCUUUUCUCAGUGGGAUGGGAAGGCUCAUUAGAGCAGUACGCUUCCUUGCCAAAGUCACGAGGCAGGAAAAGUGGAUUGACAACAUUGUGAAUGCUCCAACACUCAGCAAACAAGCCGAUGUAUGGAGUGCGACAGUGGGAAGAUGGCUUAGGCAAGCGGGCAUCGGCGCACGGAUCUUCAGCUUCUUUUUCACAAAUCGUCUUGUUCUAUGGUUUUGUGCCGGGGUUUGCAAAGGGCAGCUGAAUCUCAUUCGAAAAGAGGACAACAUCUACAGCUACAUAGUUCGGUCUCUUAACUACGUUGCAACAGAGUCACACCUACGGGACAGCAAUUACUUCUACCGGUGUUGCUUGACCGGGAGGUUUGCCCGCCAUUGCUGCCCACGGUUUCUUGAGGAGCCCUGCUUCAACAAGCUCAAGGUGGAAUUGGCUUCACAAGAGUGCCUUCUCAUUCGCACUGGCAGUUUUGUCAGUGAGCUCAAGAAGCGCCUAUAUUCUAAGGUCAUUUUGAUGGAUCAUGUGGACUGGUUGGAGCAGCAUGAUAUAGAGGAGCUGGCAAAUGCUUUGCAGAAGCAUGUGAAGGUUGGAGGGCGUAUUAUUUGGAGGAGUGCUUCACGGAAACCACACUACUCACAAGCAUUUGAGAAAGCGGGUUUCAAAGUGAUCCGCAUACGGAGCAGUGAGACGUACAUGGAUAGAGUCAGCAUGUAUGCGAGCUUCUACGUGGGAAUCAGGCAGGACUCUUAAAAGCAUUGCCUGGCACCAAUGAUGGGUCAGUGGGACAUGUGUCAAGGGGACAGUGGGACAUGUGCGAAUGGGCAUCAGGAUCUGCCUAAUAAUAAUAAUGGACCACGCUCUGCUCAUGCCUCUCUUAAACCCUAAACCCACCAGUACACAGCCUUGCAGAAAGAUUUUGCCACCACCAACUUCAGAUUUCGGGGCCGGGAACCCACCAGAACACGGCCUUGGAGAAAGAUAUCGCCGCCACCAACUUCAGAUUUCGGGGUGGGGCGGGGCGGAGCGGGGUGGGGCGGGGCGCUGUGGGCAAAAGAAAAUCGUCGGCCGGCCUCCGAAGUGGUACCGGUGUCAGCCCGACACCCGAGCCUGAGGCCAACUGGUAUGGUGUACUAGACUACUAGUGGUAUUAGACCACCAGUACUUGGCCCAUGCGUCGGCCGCUGGCACCGAGGCCAAUGUAUGGUACUAUGGUGUACUGGUGGUUCGUACCGGUGGUUUAAACCGCCAGUACUUGAGCGAUACGUAGGCUGCGGGCAUGUAACUUUUUAAUGUGCCGCAACUUCCUCAACUUUGGGGCUCGGCCUCCGAAGCAAAAUGGCAGUCGGGGCCAGCCAAAAGGAGUCUGCGCCAGUUUGUUUGUUUUUCUGUGUGCGCAGGGCAUUUCCAGCAGGGAUGGAGAAAAGUGCCUCGAGGGAGCGGUGGUGUUAAGCAACUCCAGUAUGAUUGGGAAAUGCAAGGGAUAGAGGGGUUAAAAACAAAAAUAGAAAGAAAGGGGUCGACCCUGUGCUCGCCUUGAAUAGUUUUUGAACGGAAGCAGAAGCAUACUAGAAAACUAAAUAGAGAGGACCCCUGCGAGCAUAGCUACUUAAGGAGCAGUGAUAGGUAGAUAGUGAAAGGUGAAAUUGAGAGAAGAAUAUAGCUCAGUUUAAAUCUAAAAAAUAUAUAUAUAUAUAUAUAUAUUUUCGACGAUUAAAUAGAUAGUAUAGUCUUUUCAACUGAGGAGAAGCACAAUAGCAAUUAUUGCAUAAGCAGUUAUGGGGUCCAGAUCACAAGGGACUUGAAGGGAGUGAGCGCAUGCGCACCCAAUCAAUCACUGCAUCCUAGGGUCGAGAUCCCAAGGGAGAAGAGCAUAGCUGCCUUUGCACAAAAUCUGUCCCUUAGAAUGGUUCCUGCCUGUAGCUCUGAGGUGGUCCUUAUACGUUUAGGCUCUCUGGAGUGGUGGUCCUGCUUCCAGUCGCCCUUGUCUGUAUGCCUGCCUUUGAUCCUGAGUGUGUCUGACCGCAAUCACAGCCAGAUUCAUUCAGCAUUGUUCACAGGAAUGGAAUACCGGUUUGUCUGCCUAGGCAGAUCUCCACGGUACUCUCCUCUCUCUCUCUUCAUUCUAGGCCUUCCACGUUAUGGUAGUGAAGCGUUGCACACUACCCUCUGCUUUGCGUAUGUGAAUCGGCAACGAUAACCCUUCUCUCUCUCGCUCUCGCUCUUGCUCUCGCUCUCGCUCUCUCUCUCCAUCGAGAUCGUGAUCUCUCGAUCUCUAGCUCCUGAAUGGGUUUGACAUAUAGAAACUUCAGAAAGGACUUUUAUCCGAUUAGAGGACUUCAAUGCGGCGUUUCAUGUUGUCCUCCUUCCGCUCGCAUAGUGAUGCACUGGGCGCCGUCUAUUGAAGCGGGACGGUGGUUUUCUCUCUGUACUGCUUUGGUCGGGGUGACGAGGAAACUCCCGCCUUGGUUGACUGUCGCACUUAGGGUGAUCUUCCUAUCGAUUGUGCUCUAGUAGUGUGGUGGUGGCUUCCUGCACUCCUCCAUGUGCGCACUUGGGAAACAAUCACCUCUCCGCCGUCUCUUCUGAGAAGCAAGGACCAAGCCUGACGGACCGCGCCUGCGGGACGCUGUCUGCCGGAUGCUACCGGGCAAAAUCCAACAGUACAAGGUACAAUGGAUGUUGGUGAUGCGUACUUGGGAGACGAUCACCUCUCCUCCUCCACCCUCUCUUCUGAGAAGCAAGGACCAAGCCUGACGGACCGCGCCUGCGGGACGCUGUCUGCCGGAUGCUACCAGUCAAAAUCCAACAGUACAAGGAACAAUCAUGGAUGGUGGUGAGAAAGUUCUCUUGAUCUGUUUAUGGUACUUCGUCGACUCUGCUGCCACCACCGCCUGCCCAUCAGUCAGUCAAUCGAAUCGGUUGAUCUAUCAGUGGACAGAUAUUUGUAAUUCUGCGUCGUUAUGAUUGUUAUCUGAUUUCCUUCACCGAUAGAGUGAGAGACGUUCUCUGCGAAAAACGCACAUGGAUAAAAAAGGCUGUUGAGAGAUGGAGUAGAACUGUAGACGGAUGUAAGAAAACAUAGCGGUCCCUGUGUACUUGGAGGAUGUUGCAUAGAGCGUUAACAUGCUCUUUUGAAAAAAAAGGGCAUUCCUGCCUUUCUUCCUUUCUUCAUUUCUUCCUUUCUUCUGUCCUUCCUUCCUUUUUUCUUUUUUCUUUUUUAAUAUAAGCAUGGUCUUUCUUUUAAACCACCAGUACCUCAGGGGGGUUUUAGGCCCCCUCUGACGUGCACCACGGAUACCCGCACGGUGCACCGAUUCAUCCACGCCUAAAAACGUUGUAGGUGCACCGAUUCUUUUCGAAAGUCCCUACAAUCCAACUUCAAUUAUUCAUUCUCCUCCUCCUCCUCCUCCUCCUCCUCCUUUUGACGUUCUUUCCCCACUCACUCUACACAGGACUACCUAUACUUUUCGUAACACUGCCGAGGAGGGUAGCAUCGGUUGCUCACUUUUAUAACUCAUCCAUCAGAGGAGAGGAGAGGCGGUGGUGUUGCUAUCGAUCGAUUGAUCGGCAGUCUACGUCUCGGUGGUCAGUGAAGAUGUGACAUGGAAACCAUUUGUGUUAUUGGAAUUUUAAAUUUUUGCCAUUGGUUUCAUUUCAGUUGCUGUAAUGCUAGCUUUGUUGCGAUGGGAUCUGUUUUCAAACCUGGGAGUUCAACCUUCUUCUUUUUCAAAGACACCAUUGUGAAGGCCCUAGAGUCAGAUGGACAGAGCUGAGCAAUUUAGCU